UUCUAGGCUAGAAGUCGUCGGAGGUGAAACAAUCAUUUUUUACAUUAAAUUUGAAGUUUGCUUUUUCUGUUGUGUUCCUUGUUUAAUAUACCACCGUUUUCAAAGAAAUAUUUUACAGCAAAACUCGUAUAAUCAAAUAUCACAUUGUUUCACUAUUACCUCGGUCAUCAGAGUAACAUUUUAAUAGGAAGACAUGGCUCAGUUUCAGAGCUUUGUUACUAAAAAUUAAAAAUAUAAAGAUAAGUAGGCGAUUUCCUUUCACUGUGAGACAUCGACGAGGGAUUUUUUUCACCAAUUUACAGUAACAGUAUAUUACCAUCCAGUAGGUGGCGACAUUUCACCAACCACACCAUUGCUUGCCAACCAACAAUAAGCAAGAGGAAGAAAAGUGGAAGCGGCGCAGCAAAUACGCCACAUUCAUCAUCUGUUUGUUUAUAGUUAUGUCAAGCGGCUCACACGUCCAGUUAACUUUACCGCAGUGGGAUGGAGGCUGUCGGAAGAUUCGUUUUAUUUAUUUAAUGGAUUCUUCAUCCUUUAGUUUGACCAGCUGUCUCAGUCAGGGUCCAGUUAUUCCUCUGUAUUUAGGAGCUGAUCUCCUGUCCAGCACUGACAUCCGGGUGGAAAACCAUCCCAGGUACCAUGCAAAGUUUGCAAAGAAAGGACUUGCCACUAAAGUGCAUUUUCCCUCAGAAUUUAGAUUCCAGGGACUGAGGGUGCCUGCUGCAAAUAACAGUUUGUGGUUCUACAGCAUUCAAGGACUUUUCCGAUUAGCUUUUGAAAUGUACAAUCAACAAGAGCAGCUUGCAGUGCUAGAGAACUUCCAGAGACAUUUCAUCAUCACCUCUCAUCAAAAUGACCUCUUCAGAGUUGAAACAGCUUUAAGAAGAUGUUUGGAAAUCUAAGAUGGAUCAAGGUCCACUAGAAAUGAGCUACAACCUCAAUAUGCAGCUUGACAUUCCAGUGUCUCCAAGCAUGGCUGACAGAGAGUUAGAGAGUGGAAUACCUGGACAUAAUCAUAGCCAGACCAACAGGAAAAUCCUGGAUUCAUGUGUUAGAAAUGCAGCUGAUACAUCAGCAGAUCAUGAUUAUUGUUCGUUUACAAAGCAAAGCCGGCAAACCAAGAAUAUCCAUCCCACUGUAGCCUCUCUCAGAGAAAAGCUGCACCACUUGGACGAACAGCUCUGCGCUCCCACUCAGAGCUACACAGAUUGUCUGGAGACUAUCUUGCUGCUUUUAGAUAAGAUCAGUUUAUACAUGAAUGGAAACUUGGAUGAAAAGGAUGCAGCUGAAGCUGUGUUAGCACUACUGGAGGCUAAAGACUGGACCAAAGACUCUUUAUAUUCAAGUUACCUGCUCACUUGUAUGGGACGGUGGCUCGGCCAGCAGUUUCAUGCAGCAAACAGUAGCAUCAGUCAGAAGGUGGAGGGUUUCAAAGUUCAGCACAUUGAGCAAAUCAGCGAUUUGCCACCUGCUGAGGAGCUGGCUGCUGAGCUCUUUCCAGAAGCCAUGCAGACUCUCCUGCUGCACUGGAUGGGCUUGAUUGAUGAGUCAACUGAAGGAAAAAGACACAGCGAAUAUCCAAUCCUGCUUCUUAUUCUGGAGUUUGCAAACCAUAACCUCAUUACUGGCGUCGCUCAUGUGCUUUACUCAAGUCUCAUAUGUAAAUGAGGGAAUUUCCAUAGAACUGCCAACACUAUACUGGCACUUUCCUUACAGAUGGGAUUUUUUUGUAAAUUUAUUUUUUCUCCAAAGGAUAAACCAUAUCCAUUGUUCUAAGAGUAGAAGGAAAGGUGCAUUGUUAUUGGUUAUGUUAAUAUAACCUAACUUUGGUGAAACAUGUCAAUUAUUGUGGAUUUUUUUAUUGUUUUCUGUAGAUCUGUUUGACCUCAGUAGAUUGUAGUUGGAUUUUACAAAGAUCUUAAAUAUGACUCACCACAUUAUUUAAAAAUGAAAUUUUAAUCAGCUGCAUUAGGAUGCAAUUAAGUACACAGGCAAUAAUCUGUUUAGUUUGCACAUUUUAUAUAGAGACUACUUUUCUUUAUAGCAAGUUUGAUCUUUUUUGAUAUUUCAUAGAUUUUCCUCUUUUGUAAGCAAGUAGGGGUUGAAAACCUUUACGUUCCAGUCACAUAAAUAAAUCUGUCAUCUUAUUGACCUUGAAGACGAAAGUGAAAAUAAAUCACAAUGAGAUGAGGAGGUAAGGGUCAGAUAGUAACUUGAGUCAAUGGAGUUGGAUCACGUGUAUGAUUCUAGGUUUGAUUUUUAUUAUUUUUUUUUUACUCAAAGCCUGUUCUGUCCAUGAUACACUAUAAAGAAUGGUGGGAUCAUUAAGAUGUUUAGGUCUGUUUUUAUAACCCCUUAAGUCAGGAGAUUCCAUUUGAAGCAAUCAUGUACGCUUUCACACGUAGCCACAGCUACACUAGGGCACGCUGAGACACGGCAAUGCAGAUGAAGCAUCUCACCAAAGGACAACAGCGACGGAGAUAUACAGAGCUGGGGUUCACAUGGUUUAAGUGAAAAUGAAAUUUGUUUUAGUCAAGAUGGUAAAAACAAAUGUUCUGGCUGGUUUUAAACUUUACUUUAGCUUUCAAUCUAUAUUGACCAUGCCAAAAUUAAUAUUUCAAUUUACAUUAGCAACAAUAUUUUAUCAAAUAGAAUGUUACAUUGACUUGGGAUCAUAAAACAAUUGUUGUAAAUAUAUUCUUGCUUUAAAAUCAUUACAUAAACCACUGCAGUCUUCCUUGCAACUGGAAACCCCUAAACAGCUCAAUCUCAGUAAGUUUGAAAGUAAACCUAGCAUAAGGCUGUAUCUGCUGCUUGGGGCUUUUCUUUUAUUAACCAAGCAAAGCCAUUUUCUCCAGUAAAAAAAGUCAAUGCUGUACAAAAAAAAAAAAACAAUAAUUGAAAAAUAGUUGCAGAAAAACAUUCAAUAACAUUUCUCUGUUAAAUCCCUGUAACUGAUAACACAUUAUGCAACUGCAAGCAGGUAUAACACAAAAAAGCGAUGCAUUAUUUUUUUUUCCCCAAACACAAAUUUUAUUACAUGAAAGGAUGGCAUCUGUUACUCAUUCCGAGCUCACUUCAAUGCAGAGCAGUCCAUGAGAAGAGUUUUUCUAACAAUCCCUGUUUCAUUUUCCCCAUUGAGAAAUGAAGAUAAGGGACUCCUAUUAUGCUACCAUAGACCUUAUCAUUUGUUGAAUGGAUGUAAACAGGUUCCAUUUAAACCACAU